AAUCUUCCCCAAUUCCAUUUCCAGUGGUGAACUUAUAUUACUCUCAUACUCUGUAUAUAUGGUUGUUGAUUGGCAGCCCCCAAUUCCAAGUCAACCAAUAAUAAAACGCCACAUAGAUAACACCAAAGUUGAAAUAGUCGGCUUUUGAAAGUUUUAAGUUUUUCUCCCUAUAAACCUACGACAAUUCCAUAAACGCAUAAUACACAAGACAAAUAAACCAUAUACAUCUUAGAAAAAUUCUCUUUAAUCGCAUAAAUCGAUCAUCGGAGAUGUCGAAAUACGAUGAACCGGCGGUCGGGAUCCCAUACAAUCCGGCGUACUCUCAGGCUCCGAUGCCCCAACAACAAAUCCCUUACAAUCCGGCGUACCAGGCUCCGAUGAUGCCGCAACAGCAAUACUAUGUUGGUGAAAACCCUUAUCAAGCAGGAAUGGUUCCACCAAAUGCAAUAUAUGGAGAUCCUAAAGGAAUUCCGAUACAACAAACUAUUUACAGAGAUACACCUGCUCCGUUCAAUUGCCUUCAUUGCGGUACUACUGGCCUCACCAACAUCAAAUCAAAGAUUAGUCCUGCAGCUUUUGUUGGUUGCAUGAUGCCAUUUAUGCUUGGUGUUUGCUUUCUCUGUCCAUCAAUGGAUUGCCUCUGGCACAAGUAUCAUUAUUGUCCAAGCUGCAAUCAGAAGGUUGCCGAUUUUGAGAAAUCUGAUUUUUGUUUGGUUAUGGACCCUCCAAACUGGGAAGAAAAAAGUUUCGCCUUACCUGCAUGAGGGCAUGAUCCUGGAUUUGCCUUGUGCAACUCCUAAUCGUAUUGUUGUGUAUAUGUACUUAUUUCUUGUUUGCUCAAGACUCGAGAGCAUGGAUGAACUAAAAUGCCGUUGGUUUGUUUGCUUAUGUUACAUCUUAUACAGUAGAUGUUAUGUUCUA